GUAAAUCUAGGUAGUUCUAACUAGUCACUGUUUUAUACAUGUAAAUCUAGGUAGUUCUAACUAGUCACUGUUUUAUACAUGUAAAUCUAGGUAGUUCUAACAAGUCACUGUUUUAUACAGUCAUGUAAAUCUAGGUAUUUCAGAAAAAGAAAAGAACUUCUUUUUUGUAUAGUGAUUUAAGGGGAAGGUAGCCAAAUUAAGAUACAUUUAGCAUGAUGUUUAGUUUAGAAUUUUUUGUUAGCUCACUUGAGCCAUAAACUCAGGUGAGCUUUUCUGAUUAACUGGUGUUCAUUGUCUGUCUGUCCAUUUGCCUGUCUGUCCCUGUCUGUCUGUAAAUGUUACACAAUUUUUACCUCAGAACCAUUGAGCUAAGUUCAAAGUUGCCAUAAGUCAUCCUUGGCUAAAGGAAAUGCAAAAUUGUUCAAGUGAAGGGUCACACCCAUGUCAAAGUGGAGAUUAUUCAUAAAUAGUGAAACUAUGGUAGCAUUUUUCUCUUAAGAACCACUGUAGCAAUUAAAAUCAAAGUACUGAAGGUACUGAAACGAGGUGACGUUUGGCAGUGAAUGGCAUGGAUUCUAAUGCAAGAUCGAAUUAAAUGAAGGAUAUAAUAUGUUGGAUGGUAUUAUUUGUAAUCCAGAAGCAUAUGUUAUACCUUCAAUUUGAGGUAAUGAAAUGUGUUAACUGUUGAAACAUUCUAAAACUGAGUAGCAAGCAUAAUUAACCUAUAUGUGAGGAAGAGGCCCAUAGGCCACAAUGCACAUCUGACCUACCAAGGAUGUGCUUAGUAGGAAGAUUUUUUAAAAUGUGGUCCCAUCCAACCCCUUGGAGUCGUAACUAAGACAAACUUGAAUCUAGACUAACUAAGGAUGCUUCCAUAUAUCAAUAUUUUUAAUGAUGCCUUUGCUGUUCUUGAGAAGAUUUUUUUUUUUAAAUCCUAUAUAUUUCAUUGUAAAGUAUUGAUCCCCAAUUGUUGGCAUACCCUACCCCUGGGGGUUAUUACUUGAACAUACUUGAAUCAACACUAUGAAACGAAGGUUUCACAUAAGUUACAGUGUUUUUUACUCUGUGGUUGUUGUUGAGAUUUGUAAAAAAAAAAAAUGUGACAAAAUUUUCACUAAUUCUUGGGUAUUUCCGCUUAAAAGAGUUCAUAUGAACAAAAUUGAUUGUAUUUCCCCUGCAUAAACUGGUAAAGCAGACACAUGAAGCAACUGGUUUUGAAUCCAAACAUUUUUGGGCAAGUCCUCUGGGUUAAGAUGUUCAUGUGGACAGGCCUGUCUUGCAUGCUUGUAUAAAACAUCACCUUUUUCGAGAACAAAAUGAAUAUCAUUCGCAUCCCAAUCUCCAAACAAUUUUUGGUUAACUGCAUUAAAUGCAAUGCACACAAGUGAAUUUGCUACACAUUGUUUACCUCUGCUAUAUUCGGAGAAAGUUUCUGACCCUUGAUGAAAGUUGGCAGACACGCAUUUCAAAAUUAUGGGAUCUUUUCUUACAUUGUGACUUUUUCUUUUUUUGACAGAUUUGGGCUCUCCCUUUGAUGACUAUCAAAAUCAUGAUUUUUUUCUUUUUUUGCUACCCUUCAUAUCUGAUGACGACAACAACUGUCAACUCUUGAAAUAACUCAUUCAAUUCUUGAGUCAAAGUUAAACCAGUCCAAGAAAAUUUCCACUCUUGAAAUAUCAACUCUUGAAAACAAGUGUCAACUCUUGAGAUAAUUCAUUCAACUCUUGAGAUAAAUCAUAUUUCGUGACAAAGAAAUGUAAACUUGAUUUCCAAUAUAUUACUUCCAAUGGAGUUCUUUUCUUGAAUAACAAAUAUAUUCACAAAAACAUGUUCAUUUAUAUUUCUUAAUCAAUAUUUACAGCUAUCUGACUUGACCAUGAAAGAGCGCGGGAAAUGGUGCUCGGCCCAUUCGAUCGAAGAUUACAUGUUUACACCCAGAUUUAGUAUUAAAAUCUCAAAAAAUGCGUCCAAAAGAAAUAUUUUGGUAAAAUUGUACGAAAUUAACACAUUGGGUUUCAGAUAAUUAUCUUGAGUUAAUGCGUUGGCAAGAAUAUAUCAGUUCUCUCAGGCAAGACGUUUUCUCCUUGUUGAUAAAUAGGAUAGCGUGGCGCGUAUGGAUACAGAGAAAUAGUGCAGAGUUUAAUAUUAAAAUUCUAAUUACACACAAUUUCUGCUUGAUAAAUACAACAGAUCACAUACAAGGAAGACUUCUUCAAUCUGACAUAAAACAGAAUUUAUAUAUAACAGUUUAAUAAAAAUGGAACAUAGUAUCAAUGUGAACUAUUUUUUGAUAGGCGAUAAAUCGGCUAAUUAACAUAAUUUUCAGACAUAAGAGGAGACAGCUGUUUACCCAGAAUUCCUAGAGAAUAAUAGACCAUGUUUUCCCUGUCUAUAUGUGAAAAUGCGAAUGAAUACAGAAGCAAUGCAAAUCGUUUCCUACAGUCCAAUUCUGUUUUUCUAAGAUCGUGGAAUAAAAUGUUGGCAAACGACAAAUAAUUUUGAUCUUGUUUACAAACCUAAACACUAAUUCGCGAUUCCUUUUGAUGUGUGGACUUUGUUUCAUAUCGAAGGGAUAAAAAUUGCGAUUUCAUAAAUUCUUAUUUAACUCGCUUAUCGUAGAGGGUAAACAUAUGGAUCCUAUAUCAAUCUCAAAGUGAAUUGUGACAGCUUUUACGUUGCAUUAGCAUAUAUGACAACAAAUUUCUUAUAUUAAAAAUCAAAGUGAUUUCGCAAAUGGUAGUAAUUAAAACAGGGCGCCAUUGAAGCUGGGGUCUGACAUACGAGGCUGACUUACGUCACCUCGAAAAAAUGAAGACAAAACUUAUGUGAAAGCUUCCUUAAUGAGUACUAGAUCAAAAAUUGGUUCAAAUUAAGGUAUGGAGGGGGCACAUUUUGGUGACACAGGUGAGCUUUGUGGCCCAUGGGCCUCUUCGAAAUUUAUUAAUAAGGAUUUUGCAUGAUGUUUUCAAAAUAUUACUGCUUUAAUUUUUUAAUCAUUAUUAGUUUAGUAUUGUACAAGCAGUUAUGCAAUAUAGAUCUCCAUAAAUAAAGUCUUAACUUUUUAAGAAUUGAAUUAAAUUUGUUGAAUAAGUUUUAUUGAAUUAUGUACUAUAGAUUGCUAUCCAACCUUAUUCAGAUUUCAUGUGGAUGCCUUUUUAGCUUUAUUGAAAUGUACAAAAAUAUAUUGCAUUCAAGAGUCUCGCUCAAACUCUUAAAACUUGAGGUAUUGAUAUAUUUCAGAUAUGGUCAUACAAAUAUAGAAGAAACUAUCAAGGAUAAAGAUGUAGAGUUGGAGGGCAUCAGAAAAUCUAGUGUGUGUUCUGUUUCAAGAAAACCAAUGCGAAAAAUACACUGCACAAAAUAUAAGCAGAGCAUAAGUACUAUGAAAAAUGACAAUAUUGAACCUUCAGAAGAGAUCAACUGGGUUAGCAAAUGCACAGGAGCAAAUGAUGAUGCAACUUGUUCUUCUGAAAUUAAUACAGAUUUCAUCUCAAGAAAUGUAAACAGCAUUGUGAAAACUGUUAGAGACAUUAUGAACUGCAGCUUAACCAAAUGUGAUGAGGUUGAACAUAAGCGGCAUCAUCAAUUCAUGAACAACCCUGAAAAGGUUUACAGGGACAAUUUUGUAAAAUAUUGUUUUGGAGCCAAUUAUAUUCAACCCGAGGAAUUAGAAUACCUUCAACAUUUUCUUUAUGAAAUGAUGUGCACCAGCAAAUUUUUACCAGGAUCUAUUUUCUCCCGUUACUCCACAUUUGUUGACUGCAAAAAUGAACAACUCGAGCAAAUCUUUAUUGUUUAUCCUUUAAUGGGACAUCAGUACUUAAAAUUUGUUGUUCUGAAAGAGGCCAUGAUACACUUAGUUUGCAUAAGCACUGGACUCCCUUAUGAAGAGGAAAAUGAAAGAUGCAUUAAAACAGAAAUGUCUGUAGCUGAAUUUAGAUGUGGCGCUAACUGAAAUUCAAGGAAGUUAUGGAUAAUUUUUUCGAUUUUGAGGGGAUGUUAUUUUCCAGAGAAUAUCUUAAAAACAGUCUACAGAUUUGAUUCAAACUUUGUAUAUAUAGUAUGUGUAUAACUAAGUUGUGCACCUGUAAUUUUUAUUGAGAUAAUUUAACAUUAAAGGAAGUUAUAGAUA